AUGGCGACCACGGAUGGAAUAGGAUUUAAAGCCGUAAUUAUCUUGAUUUUUCCGCAAGGAGCGCUGUGCCGUAUAGAUUGUCCAACGGACUCGUUCCGUUGUCUCGACGUCCCCGUCGUCCUGAGUGGUGGACGCUUUGACCGUGGAGGAGGCGGUGGAGAUGGUCGUGGCUGCGUGAUGGCGACUGGAAAUGCAACAGCUGUAAUAACACCAGCUUUGCCUGGCGCAACGAAUGCAAUAGAUGCAAGACUUCCAAGGGCGCCGACGAGGGUGGCGAGCGGUGGUGGCGGCGGAGGCUACGACCCCGGAAAUGAUCGCGGAUCCGGCGGCGGUGGAUAUCAGAACAGAGAUCGCGGCGGCAGCUCGCAAGGAGGCAGUGGCGAUGGCGGCUACUCGCGAUUCAAUGACAAUGGCGGAGGACGGGGUGGCCGAGAAGAAGGUGGUGGCGGCGGGGGCAACCGCCGUGAUGGUGGUGGACCCAUAAGGAACGAUGGCGGCAUGCGUUCAAUUUACAUGACGGCCUUGUUGGAGAUUUUCGUGAAGGGGAAGGCGAAGAAUGUGGCUGUGGAAGUGGCGUUCCCAGUCACAUCGGAGGAAGACCUGGUGGCCUUAGAUCAGAACAUAAGCUCAGGGUCCCAAGAACGCUACAAAGCAUAA